AUAUGAUUAUGUUUACGAGAAUUUGCCUUUGCAGAUUGCAGGUACGCAGAAGAAUAUUACAUCACAAGUGUGUGACAACUAAAUGAAAUAUGGCUGCUCAUACCAACUCAUUUUUACUACUUUAAGUGACACAGCAUUCUCAUGACAGCUCCUAUUCCUCCUCAAAUAGACAUAAGAGCACAGUCUUUGAGGUUUCGAUGUCCCAGCUGACACUGAUCAUAAUGCUUUUUGUUAGUGCAUCCUUUAUAAUUGUUGCUACUGAGUUUAAAGCUUAAGACCUUGUGCUCAGACAGCUUUGGCCUCAAAACCUGAUAUAUGCAACUUUGCUAUGGGAAAGAAUAACACCUCUGGAGGACAUUCAUUGCUAAACGUCGUAAAAAAGGCUUUCGGGUCUCCUACAAAAUCCACCAAAUCAAGCAGGAGUGAACAACAUGAACAAGAAGCUGAUGAGAAGAAAAGAGGAAAGCGGAUGUGGAUUUUCAGCAAACCAUGUAUUUAUGAAACUACAAUUCAGCACAGUGAAUCAGCAAACAGUGGGACUGCUGCCACUUGUUAUCAUAGUUGUUCUAGUAAUGCCAGUUCGCGGAAGUUGGCUGUGAAUGAUGUGAGGCCGAAGGCUGAUGAUUUGAGUCACAGACGCGCUAUUGCAUUGGCUGUGGCAACCACAGCAGCUGCUCAGGCAGCAAUUAUGACUGCUCAAGCAGCUGCGGAAGUUGUGAGAUUUGCCAGUUCUUCAGAAAUUGCCAGAAAAUAUUGCAAUGCAGCCGUGGUUAUUCAAACAGCAUUCAGAGGCUAUCUGGCAAGAAGAGCACUGCGGGCGCUUAGAGGAAUUGUGAAACUACAGGCUUUAGUCAGAGGACAUAAUGUCAGGAAACGAGCAAAGAUGACACUCCGAUGCAUUGAGUCUCUUGUUCGAGUUCAAACUAGAGUUCGUGAUCAACGUAGGAGGCUUUCUUAUGAAGGCAGCAAAGAAUCUACAUUCGGUGUAUCCAUCAGCUUGAGGGAAAUUCAUGUUGCAAACAGGAAAUCUCAAGAAAAAGAAGAAAAAAAUUAUGGUUGGUCAGAAUAUUGGGAAAAGAUGAGCAGAAAAUCUUGUGAUAAAAAAGAUCCUAUAAAAACUGUUGAAAUCGACACUGCUCAGUGUUAUUCUUACCGAGUCCCAGGUUCUGUUUGUUCUCCCAUGCACAGAAGAGACAGAAAUCUCUCUAGUCCCUUCCCUAUGACACCAAGUCCGUGCAAAACAAAACGUCUUCAGGUCCAUUCAGCCAGUCCUCGCGGCCUAAAAGAAGGGAGGAAUAGUAUAAUGGCUCAAACACCAACAUUAGGCUCAAGCUACCACAGAAUGUUCAGACAUGAAAAUGGUGUUUCAGCUUCAGUGCCAAGUUACAUGGCAGCCACUGCAUCAGCCAAUGCUCGGAUCAGGUCUGAAAGUGCACCAAGACAGAGGCCUUUGACGCCAGAGAGAGAAAAUGUGAGUCAUGUGAAGAAACGACUAUCGUUCCCAAGUCCUAAAGCAGAUGUUUAUGGUGUCAUGAGUGACACAGAAUUAGAGAGGAGGCUAAGUAGUCCGAGUUCUACACGAGGCAUGCAGUUUGGAACAGGGAGAAGAUCAAGCACAAUGUUGCGCAAACAACCUUGGUGAAGACUUAUAAUUAAUGCAGUUUGGUUAAUCUGUGUGAACUUUUUCUGGCCUUUCUGAGAAUUAAUCAGUUAUUUUUAGGUGGAAGUCUAAUCACAAUAAUUUGUUGGGAUUUUCCUCUUACUGUUCGGAUUUUGUGCUCUUUCUUUUUGCAUGAGCUUAGUGUGUGAACUGUGUAGUCUUAGCAGUUGUCUGGAGAAAUUUUAGUAUGUGAUUUGCUGUUUA